UUGAUUAGGCAUUUCAGCGUUUACUUUGUGGCUGGUUUUGGGUAGCAGAAUGUGAAUGUGUUUCUGUGUUUCUGCGUCUUUGUGUGUUAGUGGAUCGGAGUGCUGUUGGGAAACAGGCUUUUGUAUCAGUUUAUGUAACUCAACCUGCUUCUCUAAGCAGACAUCACUUUAAUUUUGUGCAAAAACAUAUAAUUUUGUGAGUGUGCCAAGUAAAAUAAUGACAAUAACUAAAUCGAGUAUAUGCCCUGUGUAAGUAAAUGACCUGAUGAUUAACAAGAAUUGACAGUGUGCAAGAAUUGACACGUGAACAGGAAAUGUUAUUAUUGUGAGUUCCUUGAAACUGUUUUUCUUGUGAUCUUUUGGCAGAUCACAUGGUAAAAAAACUGAACAUGAUCUUGUUUUGUGAUGACAGGUACUGUGUGGAAGAACACGUGUUUGAGUUUUGAGAAAGAAGGAGAGAGAAAUAACACAGUACAGCAGCAUUCAUGUUCUCCAGUUGAUUUUCAACACCCUUUAACUCCACGUUGAACCUAUGGCUUAUGGUGUGAGGUGACACAGGGCCAUGAGAGAGAGAGAGAGGGGGGGGGGGAAGAGAGAGGGAGAGAGAGUCUGAAGAGCAGCUGUCCCUCUAUGUCACGGAUCAUCCAUCCACCCACCCAACCCACACCCCCACGCUCAUAAAACAGGAGACUGUGGAUGGCUGGCAUGGAAUGGGAGUAACGCACACCCCCACGCUCAUAAAACAGGAGGCUGUGGAUGGCUGGCAUGGCAUGGGAGUAAAGCACCCAGCAAAUGGCUCUCGCUCAUUUCGCUAGAGAUGAGCUGUUUGGAGUGAGUUUUCUCAUGACGUCUUCGCCAGAGAUCUUCGCCUCCCGAGCAAAACCCAUCCUGGAAAUUAUUUGGUUAUGAGAACCUGCAUUCAUACAGGGAACUGGCAGGCGGUAAUAUGUUUGGGGAGCCUGUUGCCCACCUGUGGGUGUGGGGUGUGCUGCUCCUCCUGUGGUGCGCCAGCGUGUCGGCCGCAGACGUCGUCCCGUGGCCCUGCCCUCAGCGCUGCGACUGCAGCCCGGAGACGCAGGAGGUGAACUGCUCCCGGAAGUAUCUGACGGCCGUGCCCGAGGGCUUUGCGGCCGACACAAAGCGCCUGGACCUGUCGUCCAACCGGCUGAAGACGCUGAGCCGCCGGCAGUUCUCCGGCCUCUCCAAGCUCCAGGAGCUGGACCUGAGCAACAACGUGCUCUCCAUGAUGGAGGUGGAGGCCUUCCAGGGGCUGCAGAGCCUCCGCAUGCUCAAGAUCCGUAGCAACCGGCUCAAGAUCAUCCCUGUAGGCGUCUUCACGGGGCUGUCCAACCUGCGCAGCCUGGACCUCAGCGAGAACGAGAUCCUGGUUUUCCUGGACUACACCUUCCGCGACAUGGCCAGCCUGCAGCAGCUGAACGCGGGCGAGAACGACCUGGUGUUCAUCUCGCAGCGCGCCUUCGUGGGCCUCCAGGGCCUGCAGGAGCUCAACGUGGACCGCAGCAACUUGACGUCCGUGCCCAGCGAGGCGCUGUCGCAGCUGGGCGGGCUGGUCAAGCUGCGCUUGCGCCGGCUGACCAUCAGCGCACUGCCCAACAAUGCCUUCCGUAGGCUGCACCAGCUGCGCAGCCUCAAGAUCCUGCACUGGCCCUCGCUGGACACUGUGGGCAGCAACAGCCUGCUGGGCCUCAACCUCACCACACUGGCCAUCACCAACUGCAACCUGAGCGCCGUGCCGUAUGCCGCCAUGAGGCACCUGAUCUACCUGCGCUACCUGGACCUCUCCUACAACCCCAUCACCACCAUCCUGAGCAACCAGCUCGGGGACCUACUGAGGCUGCAGGAGCUGCACCUGGUCGGCGGCGGCCUGUUGCGGAUCGAGCCGGCGGCGUUCCGGGGGCUGCCGCACUUCCGGCUGCUCAACGUGUCAUCCAACCGGCUGACCACGCUGGAGGAGAGCGCCUUCCACUCGGUGGGCAACCUGCAGAUCCUGCGCCUGGACCGCAACCCGCUGGCGUGCGACUGCCGCCUGCUGUGGGUGGCGCGCCGGCGCCUGCGGCUGGACUUCGACGGGCGCCAGCCCGUGUGCGCCGCGCCCGAACGUGCCCGCGGCCGCCGCAUCAGCGACUUCUCCGAGGGCGAGUUGCCGGUGGUGUUCACCUGCCGACAGGCCUACAUCCCCGACCGUCGGCCCCAGGAGGUGCUGGCCGAGGAGGGCACCACGGCGCUGUUCGACUGCAAGGCCGAGGGCUAUCCGCUGCCCAGCAUCACCUGGCUGUCCACGCAGCAGACCAUGCUCACGUCCAUGGGCCGUAUCCGCGUGCUGGCCAACGGUUCCCUGGAGGUGCGCUACGCCCAGGUGCAGGACAGCGGCACCUACAUGUGCCUGGCCACCAACGCCGCCGGCAACGACAGCAUCUUCGUCAAGCUCCAGGUGCAGGGCUUCCCGCGCAACCGCACGGCGCCCUACUACCCCGAGGGCGGCUGGAGCACCACACCGUACCCGCCCUCCACCAACACCUCCGCACAGGUGACGAACCCGUACCCCUUCGACGCCAAGACGCUGGUCAUCGCCACCACCAUGGGCUUCCUGUCCUUCCUGAGCUCGGUGGCCAUCUGCUUCGUGUUCAUGUUCUUCUGGAGCCAGAGCAAGGGCCAGAUCAAACACACGGCCACCAUCGACUUUGUGCCGCGGUCCUCCAUGGGCGGUGGCGGGGACGGGGACACGGGGAGGUUCACUAUGAAGCUCAUCUGAAAAGAGGAAGUGAUGUCGCUGGCACUCUGGCACACGCUGGCACUCAAACCAUAGUUUCAAUGUCUAUAACUCAAACAGGCCUUCAAAAGCUGCUUGUUAACCUGCUUAGACAGAGCGGGAAUCUGUAAUAAUAAUAAUAAUAAUAAUGAUAAUAAUAAGGGUUUGCUAUCAACUGUGUCGUCUGUCAUUUAUAGUCUGUGUUCCAAGUGUUGAACUGGUUAAACUGACAAUUGCUUUAUGCUGUAUGUUAUAUGGCAUUUAACCAUGUACGAUAUUCUCUAUUUUUCAUUAAGGUACAAUUUAAUUUAAUUCAUGUAUUGUAAAUUGCAGUCCUCUCUGCAGUGUAUAUAUAUUUUGCAUGAAGUGCCACAUUUAGCAGCAGUAUUUUGAUACAGAAGUCAGUGAAGGCACAUAUGAAUGAUUCUAGUAUUAUUGGUCUUCCUGGGAGAUUUGAUAGAGAUGCUUUAUGUCUCAUAUAUAUAUAUAUAUAUAAAUUCAUAUCAACGUGUGGCUGUUAUACCUAAAUAUAGGAUUUCUCUCACCAAAAAUGAUUCAAAGCAUAGACGGACAUUCAAUUCUAAUAAUUUAUGUUUUGGGUGCUUUUGAACUGUAAGCGUUAGAAUACAUUUCAGUAUUGAUUUGAUGGUAAAAACAAAAUCAAUGUUCUUCUUCCAUUUUACACUUACACUGCAUAACCAUGCAUACCUUGCAUAACCAUGCAUACCUUGCAGGCACAAUGCUGACAAGUAUCUCCCAUGUUGCCACUAGUGUAGUGCUUUCCCUAAAGCUUUUAUGGGCAAAUCAGGAACACACCUCAGCGAAUAUUUUGCUUUGCAAAUUUUCACUUUGAGUUUUUAUAAAUAGCCUAUUCAUGACAUUUCUUUUUGAAAACCUCUUUGUAAACCUCUUUCAUUUUGCAUUAAAACAAUAUGCAAUUUGGCUGUUGAGCUGUCAAUGUUUUGCCUUUGAUUGUUUUAAACGAAUGGAAGAGAAGAGAAAUGAUAGUGAAUGCACAACUUCAUGC